AAAUACCAGAAUCAAAACAUAAACAAUACUUUUGCAUGAGUUUUACGAUUUGUUGCAACAAAACUAGGUUUAAAUUAAUAAAUUUUAUCAAAAAUGUAUCAUAGAAACAUUAAAGUGUUGCAAAAUGUAAAUUAUCUUUUUUCGAAAAAUGUUGCUUACCUGCGAAAUUCAUCCACGGCUCCCACCGAAAAGGUGGCACAAAAUUACUGCCUAAAUCUUGUUAGACAGUACGACAAGGAAAACUUCCUGUGCACGCUGCUCCUCAAAAAUCCAGAACGUCGCCACGCGCUCGCCAUCCGCGCGUUCAACGUCGAAAUCGCCCGCAUCACCGGAACCGUGUCCGACGACAAGAUCGGCCAGAUGCGGCUCAAGUUCUGGGAGGACACAAUCGGGCGCCUCCACCGGAGCGACAACCCGGACCACGUGCCCGAACAGCCCGUAGUUCAGGAGCUCAAGGUCGCCAUCGACGCCGCCAAGCUCACGAAGCGGUACUUCCAGCGGCUCAUUUCGUCCCGUCUGAACGCGAACCUGCGCUUUGUGACCACCAAGCAGCUGGAGGAGUACGCGGAACACUCGGUUUCGAGUGUGCUGUACCUGCUGCUGGAGGUUCACGGGGUGCGGAACGUGCACGCGGACCACGCCGCGUCCCACCUGGGGAAGGCGCAGGGAAUUGUGAAUUUGCUGAGGUCGAUUCCGCGCCAGGAGCGACGGAACGUGGUCCCGGUGCCGCAGGAGCUGCUGAUCGCCCACGGGGUCAGUCAGGAGCGGGUUCUGAGGAAUAAGCGCGACGAUAAGGGCGUGGAAGAGGUGGUCUUCCAGCUGGCUGGGUUGGCCAACCAGCACCUGGAGAAGGCGAGGGCGCUGUGGGGGUCGGUGCCGAAGGAGGCGAGGCCGGUGUUUCUGCCGGCGGUGACGACCGGGAGGUUUCUGGAACGGCUGAGGAGGGUGAACUUCCACUUGACUGAUUCUAGUCUGCUGCAGAGUGAUGCCAUGCUGCCGUUGGCCAUUUACUGGGGGAACUUCCGGGGGAAGAUUUAAGGACCGUGCGGGGGGAAUAGUUUGUUGAGUUAUAAUGUUUGAAAGUUCG